AUGGGCGGCGGCCAUGGCCGCUCGAAGAAUCCAGGCUCGGCGGCGGCCAUUCUGCUUGUCGUGCUACUCGUAAACCUCGCCAUCUCCACACGCUGCACGAGGCAGCAGCUGCUGAGUGUUGCCGGAGGAGGGAGUAGCGGAGGGACGGCAGCAGCCGCGGCUGGGCACGUAGACGGAUACGGGAGCAAGAUCUACCUGAUAUUCUGUCAAAAGUCGAAAUGUGUCGGUGUCGCCGGCCACGAUUACACCUGCUAUUGUUGCUUGAAUUAUCGGAAGCCGGUGUGCUGGAUGACGAUGGAAGACUGCCGGAGCACCUGCCCGGUGUGCGACCCCAAGUGCCACCCGCCGCUGCCGCUGGCGGCGCGCGCCGCGUCCCGCGCUCACCCACCAAUGGUGUCGCCGGUCGCCGACGAUGAUUAUGGGAGGGUGUCAUCCUUGGUUGGUCGCUAAAGCAGAAUCGAGACGCAUAGAUGCA